UCCCGGCGGGCCGCGGGGCAGCUCACCCGGAAGCAGCGGAGCCCCCGGGGCCGCGGGUGUUCCUGGCGGCGGUUGUCUCUCCGCUCCCGGCCCCUCCCGCCCUGUUUUUCCCCGCCUUAGGCUGUGGGUACCGCGCAGCCGCCCGCCAUGUCGACGGUCGCGGCCGCCAGCUGCGACGCCAAGGGCGCGGGUGAGGCGCGGGAAGAGAAGAAGCCGCUGAAGCCCUGCUGCGCUUGCCCCGAGACCAAGAAAGCGCGGGACGCCUGCAUCAUUGAGAAGGGGGAAGAAAAUUGUGGGCACCUAAUCGAAGCUCACAAAGAGUGUAUGAGAGCUCUGGGCUUCAAGAUAUGAAUGUGAGGAGCAGGACUGUGGUUGUGGUGAUGUCUGAGGUGUGACUGUGUUCUGGAAAGCUGCAAAAUAAAUUAUUUCUGCAAGUGACUUCAAAGAACAAAUAUAAACAAAGAAUCUAUUUAUAAAGAAUCUCUAGCGUAUCACGUCUGUGGCUUUUCCACUGUUAGCUCUUGACCACUGCUAUAGAAAAUAUUUUUUUUCCUCUUAAUAAAAGUCUGAAAAUGA